UCCGACAUUCAAACGGAGCGGACGUGUGUUUUCGGUAGCGGAAGAGUCGGCGCGUUCGGCGUUUUCGGUAAAUCGUGUUUCGCGUGUGUCAGUGUGUGCUUAAGCGUCGUUGCGAGUGUGGAAAUUGUGGAAUUGUAAUAAAACCGGUUGCCACUGCCGCACUUCUUGCAAUUGCCUUGCUGAAAUAGUAAAUAAAAAACGCGGCUAAAAACGGCCCCGAAUAGUUGUUAAAAGUCAUCCCAGAUCCCAGCCAUUGCUGUUCUUAUUCCUCAUUUCGCGCCGUUCGCGUUGCAAAAGGAAAGCAAGGAUAAACGAUAAAACCUCUUUCUUUCGAUCGCUUCAAUUUUUUUCCUGUGCCUGUGCCCCAAACCGAAAAAGAAGUCCCCGAAAGAAGGGAGCUGAUGGAAUACAAAUAAAAGUCAAGAAGAAGCAAAGAUAAAGCGCGCGCGGGUGUCGUUGUGUAUUGCACCUUUUUUUUUGUCGUUUGUUUGCAAGUGAGCGUGCCGAUUGUCUCUCUCUCACUCUCUUCCAGCUCAAAAGCCCGAGAGCGGAGAGAGCGCCGGAGUGGCAGGCAGAUCUUGGAGAGCGGAUCGACCAGCACUUAGAUGUCACCAAUAUUAAGACGAAAACUGUGGAAAACAAAAGGAUUAUUUUCAACGCUCACAAUGCUCAUCAGUCUCAAAUAAGGCUGCCAUCGUCAGCGAAAGAUCAGAAGUCCUCAACCAAACCCAACUACGAUUUACGUAGAUCAGGAAUUGAAGGAUCUAAGAGCUAUAGGAGGUGCUACUACAGAAUUUUGUAUUCUUAGAGGAAACUGGUGGAAGAGCUGCACCACCGGCAUUUCACGAGGUUAGAGACCGAGAGCCCCCACCGGUGUCCGUCGAGACAUUAAUUAAUAACGACCUUGUCUGUGGCACACACAACCCAAAAGCCAGAACCCACAACCCACAACCCGCGAAGGACAACAGGAAGAGGAGCUGAAGCUGAAGCUAAGACUGGAGCAGAAGAAGAGAGACGACGAAAGGGCGCAGGAAUCAAAUUAACAGGGUGUCAAAAGGAUUAACCCGCAAAAGGAGGCGGAAGGAGAGAGCAGAGUUGGAAAGUACGUGACGCGUGAAGCGAGGCGGAUAAACAUUCCCCGGCCCAGGGGGAGGAAUUAUCGGGGCACGUGUCCAGCUUUGGUUGGCUGAUUAGCCACAGGAUCCCGGAAAUAACAAAAAAAAAAAAAAAAAAGAAACCCCCACCACAGAAAGAUGGACAGACCGAAACAGAAGAGAUCAAGGCUGCUCCUGUUGGCCUUGGUGGCCCUGCAACUCAUGCACCUGGCUGGCGGCACCACCGACUGGAUGCAAAGCUGCAGCACCUGUCACUGCCACUGGAAUUCGGGCAAAAAGAGUGCCGAUUGCAAGAACAAGGCCCUCACCAAGAUACCCCUGGACAUGAGCAACGAAAUGCAGGUGCUGGACUUUGCCCACAAUCAGAUACCGGAGCUGCGACGCGAGGAGUUUGUACUCGCCGGUCUGCCCAAUGUGCACAAGGUGUUUCUGCGCAACUGCACCAUCCAGGAGGUGCAUCGCGAGGCCUUCAAGGGUCUGCAUAUCCUGAUCGAGCUGGAUAUGUCCGGCAAUCGGAUCCGUGACUUACAUCCUGGGACAUUUGCCGGCCUGGAGAAGCUGCGCAAUGUGAUCUUGAACAACAAUGAGAUCGAGGUGCUGCCGAAUCACCUGUUUGUCAAUCUGAGCUUCCUGUCGCGCAUCGAGUUUCGGAAUAAUCGGCUGCGCCAGGUGCAGCUUCAUGUCUUUGCCGGCACCGUGGCGUUGACCGCCAUCUCGCUGGAGCAGAACCGGUUGACGCAUCUGCACAAGGACACGUUCAAGGAUCUGCAGAAGCUGAUGCAUCUGUCGCUGCAGGGCAAUGCCUGGAACUGUAGCUGCGAGCUGCAGGAGUUCCGUGACUUUGCCAUUGCCCGGCGACUUUACACGCCGCCAACAGACUGCCAGGAGCCGGCCCAGCUGCGUGGCAAGCUGUGGAGCGAGGUGCCCUCGGAGAAUUUUGCCUGCCGGCCGCGUAUCCUGGGCUCGGUGCGCUCCUUUGUGGAGGCCAAUCAUGACAAUAUAACCCUACCCUGCCGCAUUGUCGGCAGUCCCCGUCCCAAUGUCACCUGGGUGUACAACAAGCGGCCCCUCCACAUGCACGACUCCCGCCUGCGUGUCCUCACCUCGGUGGAAACCCUACCCGUGCAGCAGCCCUCCCAGGUGCUCACCUCCGAGCUGCGCAUCUAUGGGGUUCGUGCCUCCGACAAGGGUGCCUACACCUGUGUGGCCGACAAUCGAGGUGGACGCGCCGAGGCUGAAUUUCAGCUUCUCGUCAGCGGUGACUAUGCCGGCGCCGUGUCUGCCUCCGAUGGCCUGGGUGCCUUGGGCAUGGGCGGUGCCAUUGGAGCACCAACUAAUGAUCCCCAGACGAACGUCUUCCUAAUCAUUUGUUUGAUCACCACCACCCUGCUGCUCCUGCUGAUUGUGAUUGUUUUGACGCUAUUCUGGUAUUGCCGCCGCAUCAAGACGUAUCAGAAGGACACCACCAUGAUGAGCGGUGAUGGUUUGAUCUCUUCCAAGCUGGACAAAACGCACAAUGGCUCUAUGCUGGAGGGCUCUGUCAUAAUGGAGAUGCAAAAGAGUCUGCUUAAUGAGGUUAAUCCUGUGGAGAAACCGCCGCGUCGCACGGAUAUUGAGAGUGUGGAUGGCGGUGACGAUGGCCAUGAGAUUAAGAAGACGCUGCUCGAUGAGACGGUUUAUGUGCCCAACCACUCGCGGGAUGAGGAGACCCACUCGGUGGCCCUGUCGGACACCACCACCACGGUCCGAUCCCGACACACCUACGUGGACGAUGCCUACGGCAAUAGCCUGCCACCGGAUCUGCUGGCCUUCCCCGCCCGCGUGCCGCCCACCUCGCCUUCGAUGCAAUCCUCGCAAUCGAAUAUACCCGACCAGGUGAUCUACGGCAUCCGAUCGCCGCCCUCCCUGGCCAGUCCCGUCUACACGCACAUGACGCCCCACGGCAUCUACGGCACCAAAACCCUGGCGGCCUCCAACAAUGGCUUCAUGACCCUGCAGCAUCCCAAAUCCCGCAACCUGGCACUGAUUGCCACCGCCAACAGCAGUCGCCAGCAGCAUCAGCAGCAGCAACAGCAGCAGCAUCAGCAUCAUCUACAGCAGCACCAGCAUCUACACCAGCAUCCGCUGGCCGCCGCCUCGCCCUUCCUGCCCGCUCCCGUCGUCUAUUCACCGGCCACGGCGGUGGUCCUAAAACAGGGCUACAUGACCAUACCGCGGAAGCCACGUGCCCCCAGCUGGGCGCCCAGUACCUCGGGAGCGGCCGGCCACAAUGUCAGCCAGCUGAGCGAAUUCCAGAGUCCCACCUCGCCCAAUCCCAGCGAAACGGGCACGGCCACCACUGUGGAACUGCUGGCGGAGCCAGUCUAUGAUAAUCUGGGUCUUCGUACCACCGCCGGCGGCAAUUCCACGCUCAAUCUAAACAAGGUAGCCGGCUCCGGCUCCGGUUCCGGGUCUGGCUCUGCUUCGGGGCAGCAGUACUCGAUGCGAGACAGGCCUUUGCCAGCCACACCGAGCAUGACAUCGAUGGGUUCGGCGGCGAAUGUCAGCAAGAUUUACGAGCCGAUACACGAGCUCAUCCAGCAGCAGCAGCAGCUACAACAGCAGCAGCAGCAGCAGCAGCACCAUGCCUCGGACACGGAACCGCUGUACGGCGGCGGCGGCAGGCAUCACGGGAUCACGAUACUCCCAGGCUCGAGCAUCAGUGCCGCCGGAUUGGGUGGAACAAUGACCGGUGGUUCGCCUAGCCAUGACAGCGUCAGCGGUGAUUCACCGAAGAUCACCAAGAUACCACCGCGGCCACCGCCAAAGCCCAAGAAGAAGAUGUCUGUGACGACGACGCGCAGUGGCCAGGGCAGCACCAGCCAGCUGUUUGACGAUGAGGGCGAGGAUGGCACCGAGGUCUAGUUUGGCGUGGAAAGAAGAGCAGCCUUUAGCAACACCCACACACACACACACACACACACACACACACACACACACACACAGAGAGCAGCAAUACGAAGAAGCCAAGUCUAAGUGAAGCGCAGCCAGGUGAAGAUUGGGAGAAGGAUGAGGAUGAGGAUGAGGAUGUCCUCUACUCCCAUUCCUGCUGCGUGACUUGUGUGCCAAACGACUGAUGUAGAUUUUAGUUAUUAAAUCGAUGAACAUGAACGUGAAAAAUGUAUACACUAAAAGGAUAACGAAGGCAGAAACUGCAGCAGCAAAGGAUGAGCGAGCAUCAGCGAGAGGGAGACAACAGAGCAGAGACAGAGACAGAAACAGAGAGGGGAGGAUCAAAAGUAAUUGCUUUUAGAACCAUCUAAUCCUGAAUUUGUAUUAGCGGAAAUUUGUAAGUAAAAACAGAGAGGAAAACGAAUUCAAUUUUAAGGCAGAAACCACUUUUAUUUUUUUUGUUUUUUUUUUUUUUAUAUAGAUUUUUUGUUUCGUAGACUUAGUUAGUUUGGUACAAAACAUAUAUAUAUAUAUUUUUUUAAUAUAUAUAAAGAGACAUAACGAAAUGAUAUAUAAAAAACCCUAUACAAGCAUACCUAAAAAAAAAAAUAACACAACUAAAUGAAUUCAAAAUGUUUUAACAGAAUAAUUCAAUUAGCAAUUAAGUAAACUAAAUAAAAUAAAUAAAAGAAAUAAGAAUUAGAGAGAGAGAAACAUCCCACUUGCAUUUUUGUGUGUGUGUCGAAUAAAAAAAUGUUGAAACUUUUUAUGAAAUUGUAAAAUACAAAACGAAAAUAUAUAUAAGUUAGAAUUCAACCUAAGCUAACAUAUAUUUAACCCUAAACAUUUACACAUAUUAAUUGUAAACCUAGGCCGUAAGUCAACACACCCACAUAAUUUUUUUUCGUCCUGACUUAGGAUCGGGUGUUUAACUAGAUAAAUAGUAUAUAUAUAUAUGUAUAUGCUAUAAGGGUUUGCAUUCGCAAUUAAAACAAAACAAAAAACAAACGAAAUCGAUACAAUUAAUACUUGUAAUUGUUUACGCACCAGCAACUUUGAUCGUACUAGAUAUUUAAAUAUAUAUAUAUAUAUAUAUAUAUUAUAUCUAUGUAUGUAUCUUGUGCGUGUAUAUGUAUGUGUAACUCUAGGCAUUACAUUUUCACCUAGUUACCCCACUUGAAUAUAGACAUUAAAAGCCCAGACGACAGCUGGAGCAAUAGCCUUUAAAAGCAUUCGAUUUAAAAAAAAACAAAAGAGAAAUAUAUAAACAAGGCAUUUAACAGCGACCAUUCUACAUACUUAUAUACACAAUUAUAGGCGGAGAUAAUAGAGAUUACGAUUAAGUCAAAUGAGAAUUAAAUAGGUAAAUGUAAUGAGAAAGCUUAGCUGCCCAAAAGUAUGUAGUUAGAGAGGUACAGUUGCCACCCACAUUCAAUCAAAUUCAAUUCAAACACGAUCACAUAACUCUAGCUAUAUCUAAUCUUACCUUAAAAGUACCUUAAUUUUACCUAAGAAUUAUAUUUUAUUCAAUUUUUCCCCUUCAUUUAGACCUCAAAACUGAAUUUUUAAAUUAUUGUCUCUAAGUAAAAUGUUUUUCGUUUACUUUUGGCAGCUUAAAAGUUUUUAAAACUUGAGGUUUUUUAAUGGUUAUUUUCUACCCAGAGGAAAUAAGUGUAUCUAAAAUUCCUAAAUAAUAAAGUAAAUCAAAAAAAAAACAUCCUUCUAAUGGGGUUUUUUAAACCUUAAAAUCAUGCUACUUGAAAUCUACUUGGACUAUAUAUAGAAUAUUUUAAGGAUUAAUGCCUGCAAAUGCAGAGGAUUCUUACAAUUAUUUUCUUCUUUCUUAUUUUCUUGUAUUAUAUAUUUUCCCAUCACAAUCUAUAUAUAUUUUAUUAUUUAGAAAUCCAACCUGAAAUUCUUGAUCAUUUGCAACUGUCACGAUUAACCCAUACUAAGUAGUGUUUAGAUACUGACUUGGGCAGGCCUAGAGCAAGGAUAUGAGAAGGAUAACGCCCCAUACUUGCCCCUGAAACGGGACUCGGCCGGAUGGAUGCUCGUUCGUUCGGUCGAGUAAAUAAAAAAACCCAAUCCAAAUUUCGUUUUACAUAAGCAAAAGUAUUACACACACACACACAACACACACACACAUUAUAUGUAUAAUUAGUUAAUUUAAGGUUUUUUUUUACUGUACUCGUACUCGUUUUUUGUGUGUCUAGAGUUAUUUAGAGAGCAAUUAUUUGUAGGAUUAUAUUUGUAUUUUGAACAAGCAACGUUAUAUUGAAAGGAAAGAUCUCGAAAAUGCUAAAUACCUUACACCGGCAUAUUCUAAAAUCAAGAGAAGCACAGAUAUAAAACAAACGGAAAGUAUCGUUGCAAGCAAUUUGUUCAAUUUAGCACAAAAAUCAAAAACAAAAAAGAAAAAGAAAAACAAAUAAAAACGGUAUAUAUUAUAAUUAUACAUUUUUAAAAUAACUGUAAUUAAUAGAACGGUUCUUAUACAUACGCUUUUUUAUAAUUUCGCAUUGUUUUCCUAACAUAUAAAAUAUAUACAUAUAUAUAUAUAUAUAUAUUAAAAUAAAAUAUAUAAAUAAAAUGAAUCCAA